AUGAAGUUUGGCUCUAAGGUCAUCGAAGUUAGGUUCAUAGGUGACGGCGAAACUCCUCAGAUGGUUGACCUUGGUUCUAACGGAAACUCAUUGCCCGGAAAACCUGUCUGGGAAGUUGCCGUUCAGACCGGAGAUUCUGGAGAUAUUCAGACGAGAAUGAAGGAGAGAGAACACAGAGGAAGUAGUAGUAGUAGUGUGAUCACAACAAGUUUGUCUGUUUUUGUUGAUGUUGAUGAAGAAGCUAAAGAGGAGAUGGUGAGUUUGCAUUGUGAGAGAUUGGCUUUAGCCUUUGGACUGAUUCGUUUGCCUGAAGGAUCGACGAUUCGGAUUAUGAACAACUUGAGGAUGUGGAGAUUGUCACGAAGCUUUCAAGCUGAUGAGUGA